AUGAGUUAUUCCAAAACACAAUCAAGACCAAAGUAUGCAGUCAUCACUGGUGCUUCAUCUGGUAUAGGAUACGCAUUAGCAACGGUGUUUAGUAAAAGAGGCUACAAGGUUAUCGGUGCUUCCCCACAAUCAGUAUUGCAUUUGCAAGACCCGCUUGUCAAAGAGUAUGGAGUUAUCUCGGUUCCGUGUGAUAUCACAAACCUUGACGAUCUAAAGAGGUUAAAAGAUAUUGUCCUUAAGGAAACCGGCGGUUAUGUGGACAUUUUGUACAACAAUGCCGGUAUAGCAAUUGGUGGUCCUGCAGCAGAGAUGGAUGAGGCAAAAGUGAACAAGAUCUUCCAAGUCAACGUCAUUGGUCAUAUCAAUGUCACGAAACAACUUGCCCCAUUUGUCAUCAAUGCAAAAGGAUCAAUAAUCUUUACUAGUUCUGUGGCAGCUAGAGUUCCUCUUGCCUGGACAAGUAUAUACAGUGCAACAAAAGCAGCUAUUGAUGCAUACGCUCAAACAUUACACGGCGAAAUGGCACCAUUUGGUGUUAAAGUCCACAGUGUAAUAACAGGAGGGGUAAAUACGCAAAUUGGCGCCCUGGAGCCACUUGCAGAAACCGAGAAACGGUUCCAACACUCUUUGUAUAAUGUUGAUGGCAUUUUAGAGAGUACAAAAGCAACGAAAGGGAUGAGCUUGAAGAGAGGAAUUAGUCCUGAUUCAUACGCCAACGAUAUCUCCAAAAAGGUGUUAAAGAGACUGAACAAAUUCAACUUAUACGGAGGUUCCAGAGGGUAUACAUUGCACGUCAUGGGGAGGUACUUUCCAUUGUGGUUAGUUGAAUAUUUGAUGCAAAAGACGUUCAAACAGCUCAAGGCAUUUAGAAACAUCAGGAAUGCAGUUAGGGAGCAAAAUUGA